AUUAAAAUAAGUUUUUUCUUGUGAAUUUGUCUCUAUGUAAGGUCUUGUCCUCAAGGCAUCUUCAAAGGCAUAACUUAAUGCGUCUACUUUUCUUCUGCGAUAGAGUCUAAAUGGCCUUAAGGACUAAGAGCAAGAGUACUUCAUCUUGCCUCUGAAAUUUUCCAUGGUCUAAUAUAAUUGCCUCCACUAGAAAUGCACCUUCCUUGAAAUUGCUAAGGAAGCAAGCUUCUCUUCUUCGUCAAGCAAAGAUUCCAACUGGCUUGACUCAAAGCCAACUAGCCAAGUCCCCUCUAGAAUAUUAAGUCUACCUUGUUAAGCAGGUCCUUAAAUGGUCGCUUUCACUUAAGAAUUCAAACCCCCCCUCCCCCAAAACCAACCAACCCAAAAAGUUAAAAAAAUGAUUCAUGACUCAGAUUGAUAGAAGUCAGGACGUAAGCCAAACGUUGGUAUAAUCAAGGUUUAUUCCUGAUUCUCAAGCCACCCAUUAAUCAGAUUACAUCAGCCAAUCCUGCAUAAGGUCCUCUUAACCAUGGUUAGAAUAACAAAUCAAAACCAUGGUUUCAUGGUUUCAAGUUUUAGAGGAUUGCUAUUGUCAUUGUCAGUGUGCUUUUCUUCAUAGUGACUUGUUUUUUAAUUUCAUUAAUAAUUAGCACCACACCUUCAGAUCCAACUCUGCAACAAGAAAUGUUUUGUUCAGUUUGGCCGGGUCUUCCCUUCACACCUGCUUCAUUUUCUUCCACCAAAUUUCCCAUCUCUCGCCAUUUCUAGAAGUCAACUUUUUGUUUCUUGAAUUCUCAUCUACAUGUUCAGUCUGUUAUCAGAGAUUUUCACAACCUUGGCUUUUGCCCCCCCUCCCAUCAUCUCUUCUAUCUAUUUAUUCGUUUCUUAAAAUUUCUUGAUAUAGAACAGCAAGACAGGUCUGCAAGAAUAACAUAAUUUUAGACAAUAAAUUCCAUGGGGACCAACACCAAAGAAGAGAAUGUCUCACGUGCAGGAUCAAAGGCCGUGAUGGAAGGUCAACACAAAAAAUCCCUUUUUGCAUCUAUAGCCAAGCCUCCGACAGAUAGUGGCAGACCAAGCAGUAUGGUUGUGAAGAAAGCACAUACCGUGAUUCCUGCGCAUAUUGUAGCAGAAGCCAUAUCAACAAUCCGAGGUCUUGACCUCAGAUGGUCAGGUCCGAUAACUCCAUCAGAAAUGCAAUAUGUUGAACAGUAUGUGUUGGCAAAGUAUCCCCAAUAUGCUGGUCUUGUUGUUGGAGAAAAGAUAGAUCUCUCUACUCUUUGUAUCAAUGAAGAGGCUUCAGAAACUGCAACUGAUGACAAGAGAAAAUCGCCCAGGAGUAGUUUCAGAGAGGCCUCCUCACCAUCAAACGGAGGCAAUCUCCCAGAUUUGGACAGAACCCAGUUGGAGCCAUCAAGGCUUCUUGAUAUCCUCACCAAGAAAUCCUCAUUUCCAGGGAGCUUCAUCUCAAUACCUGAAAUCCAAGCUCAAAACAAAGUUUUAAAGCACUGUGGAUUACCUGAUGAUGAGUAUCUUGUGCUCUUCACUCCAAACUACAAGGACGCAAUGAUGUUAGUAGGUGAGAGCUAUCCCUUUUUCAGAGGAAACUUCUAUAUGUCCAUCAUUGCAGAAGAAAUGGAUUACGCAAGGGAAUUUGCCACUUACAAGGAAUCAAAAGUGAUAUUGGCACCAGAGACUUGGCUGGAUUUGAGGAUCAAAGGAUCACAGCUCAGCCAGUAUUUCAGGAGGAAAUGCAAGCACAGCCCAAAGGGAUUAUUCUCUUAUCCAGCUGAUGUGAAUGGGACUCGUUACUCAAUGCAUUGGGUGUCUGAAGCACAUAGAAACUCAUGGCAUGUUCUGCUAGAUGCAACUGCGUUGGUCAUGGGGAAGGAUAGUAUGAAUCUUGCACUCCACAGGCCUGAUUUUGUGCUGUGCAGUCCUGACAAUUCACAAGCUAAUCCUUCAAACAUCACUUGCCUCCUUGUUAGGAAAAAAUCUUUUGAUACUUCAACAGCUUUGUCUUAGUGCAUGGAGUAAGAGUUGAUAGGUUGUGUAUGUGAAUAUUGAAUGUGUAGAUUGGUUUAGCAACAGCUACACAUUUCUGGACCUUGGAACUAUAAAACCCAGUAAUUGAAUUUGGUUAAUUAUAACCUUACACAGAAUAAUAUUUCUUUCCAUC